GUUUGUACAACAUAGCGUUUUAGACGUCCAGUUCUACUAGGCGAAGCGGAUCACUUCUUAAAUACCUCUGAUCUAUAGUCGCCGUACUAUUUUGUAUCCCAGGACAAAGACAUCGCCAAAGAUGGUGGCCAGUCGCAUUUACGUUGGAGAUCUCCGUCCGGAUGUUCGCAAGGAAGACUUGGAAAAAGAGUUCGGCAAAUUUGGUCGCGUCGUUGAUAUCUGGAUUGCGCGGAACCCACCCGGCUUCGCCUUUCUUGAAUUCGACAGCCCUAAAGACGCCGACGUCGCUGUAAGAUCUCUUGAUGGGAAAAGCGUAUGUGGUUCUCGGGUGAGAGUUGAGAUAUCACGUGGUCGCGGACGCGGUGGUGGCGGCGGAGGAAGAGAUCGCGGCGGAGGAAGAGAUAGAGGCCCACCACGAUCAUUCGGCGGUCCCCCAAGAAGUGGUCCACCUGGUAUGUCAUCAAGGCCGCCACCGUCAGCUUAUCGAGACUACCCACCAGACUAUUCAAGCAGAUACGAGUCGCGAUACGACGACGCACCACGAUCACGAUAUGCAGAUGGAUACAGUUCUUUUGGUUCACGAUCACCGAAUGCAAGUUAUCGCAGCAGAUCGCCAAUCCGACGAAGAUCUCCACCAGCGUUAUCAAGAAGUAGAGAUUAUGUCAGAGAAUAUAGAGACUAUCGGGAUUAUGCCACAUCAGCAGCUCCUAGUUACGGAGCGUCUCGUUACGAUAGGUCGUACGAUAGAGGGCCGCCUCCACCUCCUCCACCUGGCACUUACGACAGACCACCUUAUGACAGAAGUCCGUACGAGAGAGCAUCAACUGCAUACGAUAGAACAAGAUCACCCCCGCCAAGGCGAUAGAAGGGAAAUAUCCACCUACAAAAAAAAACUUACUAGUAUUUAUUUUGUUCAUGCAUGUAAAUAUGUGUUGUGCUCUGCCAGGUCUUUGAUUUUAAACUAGCAGUUUGUCUGGGUCCUAUGGAGAUUUGGUAUAAACAUUGAAUAUUAAAUUAGUACACACUUUGCACAUAGAAAAACAUUAAUUUAGAUAGGCCAAGGGGGAUAAUGAUUGGAUCAACCGGUAUUGCAAGAAAAAUCCAAUGGGUGUGUGACAUUUAUUGGAAAGAGAUUUGACUCUGUGCCAGUAAUGUCGUUGCACAUGUUUUUCCUGCUAAAUCUUCAAAGUGUUUUUUUUUUUUUAAUAGCUAGUAUAUGAUUAUGUACUCUCAAAAACUGAAUAUUGUUUUCACCAAGGCAUCCACAUUGAGAGCAGUGUCUGAAUACACCAAAUAUUGUCUUUAAUUAUCAUUUUCUUGUUCAUCCUUUUUGUUUAUAGAAGUUUUUAAACAGGCCGAUUCAGGGGUCCUUCAUCUAAUCUUUCCCCAGUGUAGCAGGACAGACUGUUUUUGGCUUUGAUAAUACCGUAUUGUUGAAAUUGUAUGUCAUUAAUUUGUAGAGUACUGCUUGAAGAAAAAAGCUAUUCAUUGUAUUAAAUUGUAUUGAAAUGGUUAGUUCAUUGAUCAAAGUAUACCCUCUCAAGGUGUUACAUUUAUAAAACUGCAUCUUUACAAAUGGUCUCGCUAUGUAACUGACAUGUCUUUGAAUAACUACCAGCAAGAUCUUUUUAGCUUGCUCAUUAAUGUUAUUCACAUUUGUACAACAGACUGUUAUUCUAGUAUGUUUUAAGUAUUAAAAAGCUUUUUAAUGUGA